AUGCCGCCGCUGUCGGUGCAGGAGCUGCUGGCGAAGCAGUCGGCGGGCGGAGACAGUCGGCCGCGCUUCGUCUCGAAGAAGGAGCGAGAGGCGCAUCGCGCCGCCGAGCAGGAGGCGACGACGCGGGCCGAGGCUGACAGGAUCGCGCGGCUCAAGCGCGCGCGUGCUGCAUGGGAGCAGGCCGGCCCGUCGUUGGAGGCGACGCCGGCUUCCGCGAGCGAUCCGGAGCUGAGCCGAAUCAAGCAGCAGUACCUUGGCACACGCGACGACCGCGGCCCACGGCGGCCGAAGCGCGCGCGAGACGCGAGCAAAAAGUUCCAUUUCGAGUGGGAUGCGGACGAUGACACGAGCGACCCCAGUUUGGCGCCGGUGCCAGCUGCGACCGUGCUGCAGGGCCGCGCCGGACUGGACGGCUCGGAGCGGACGGGCUCCGGCAAGAGCACCAUGAAGUCGACGCUCGACGAGAAGCCGUGGUCCGAGAAGAGCCUGGACGAGAUGAAGGCGCGCGACUGGCGCAUUUUCCGCGAGGACUUCCAGAUCCAGGCACGCGGCGGCGACCUGCCGCACCCCCUGCGGUCGUGGCGCGAGUCGACGAUCCCUGUGCCUGUGCUGGAGGCCAUCGAGGCGAUGGGCUACCGGGAACCGACGCCGAUCCAGCGGCAGGCGAUCCCCAUCGGCCUGGAGCCGCGGGAUCUGAUCGGCCUUGCCGAGACGGGCUCCGGUAAGACGGCGUCGUUCGUGGUGCCGAUGCUUGCGCACGUGCAGCGGCAGCCGCGGCUGAGCGAGGAUACCAAGCACCUCGGCCCGUACGCGCUCAUCCUCGCGCCGACGCGCGAGCUCGCGCAGCAGAUCGAGACGGAGACGCGCAAAUUCGCGUCGCGCCUGGGCUUCCGUGUCGUGUCUCUCGUGGGCGGGCGGGACCUGAACGAGCAGGCAUUCUACCUGAACGAUGGCGCAGAGAUUGUCAUUGCGACGCCCGGUCGUCUGCAGGACUGCUUGGAGCGCCACAUCCUCGUGCUGGGGCAGUGCCACUUUCUCGUGAUGGACGAGGCGGACCGCAUGGUCGACAUGAACUACGAGGAGGCACUGCACUACAUCCUCGCGAGCCUGCCCAGCGCCGACGAGGGCGGGCGCAUCACGAUGCUGUACUCGGCGACGAUGCCGCCGAGCGUCGCAUCGAUCGCGCACACGUACCUGCGCCGGCCUGCGACGGUGGUCAUUGGCCAGGCGGGCCAGGCGGUCGGCACGGUCGAGCAGCGCGUCGAGUUUGUGGACGACGAGGCGCAGCGCCAGCGCCGCCUGCUCGAGGUGCUGGACAGCGGCUUUGCCGCGCCGAUGAUCGUGUUCGUCAACCAAAAGGCGAACGCGGACCUGGUCGGCCGGGACCUGCGCCGCGCCGGCUGGCAUGUCGCGGUCCUGCACUCGGGCCUGUCGCAGCCGCAGCGCGAGGCGGCCAUCGCUUCGCUGCGCGACGGGCGCAACGAGGUGCUGUGCUGCACGGACAUUGGCGCGCGCGGCAUCGACCUGCCGGAUGUGUCGCUCGUGGUCAACUACCAGUUCCCGACGCAGUUCCCCUCGUACAUCCACCGCAUUGGCCGCACAGGUCGUGCAGGCAAGAAGGGAUGCGCCGUGUCGUUUGUCAAUGACGACGAUGCCGAGCACUUCUACGAGCUGCGCCUCGCGCUGUCCAAGUCGCCGGUGUCGACGGUGCCCGCCGACCUCGCGCAGCAUCCGGCCGCGCUCCAGCGCCCCGCGCCGUAG